AGGAGAGUAGCAGUAAACUCCGCGGCUCUCAAACUAACUGGGUUUUAUCAUGGAUUACACAUUUAUUUACUAUUAAGAACUACUGUCUAUGAAGUCUAGAGUUAAGUGUGGUGGAGUUCUUCCUCUUUCGGUGUGUGUGCGUUACAGGAGCGGUGAAUAAUAAUGUUCCGUUUGUUGUCGCUGGCGGCGGCGGAGCGCAGCAGACAGAAGCAGCGGCUCGAGCUCACUGUGGCGGGAAUCUGUGAGCUCGAGAUGCUCAAGCAGCGGCACGAGACUCUGAUCAUGAGCGCGCUCACGCUGCACGCGCCCGAACCAGAACCCGAAUCACACGGUCCGAUCCAGACUGCGCAGGACGACUCGAACCCGGACACCUCAUGGAGUCUGAUGAACAUUUUACGGCAUCAGGUUGGAGAAUUGAGGGUGGAUUCAGAAAACAGCUCAGUGGAGCCCCCUACAGACGGGGCAGACAGUCCAUCCAGCUCAGGGUUGUAUGAACAGAGUGAGGGUCCGUCUCCUGUUGGUCUGUCAGUCUCCUCUGGUCUCGGUGAGAUCUCCCCCAGGACCGGCCGGCUCACUGAGAGACCAAAGUCUGUUAAUGAUGCAUUUGUUGGCAUUCGUGAGAUGGUCCAGAAUGGUUGUGUUCAUGCAGUAAUUCCUCGUUCUCUCUCUGCACCAUACCCCCCUCUAGAGGCUGAAGAUGAGCUAUGGGCGUGGCAGCCCAGUGAAGGCAUAGAGGAGGAACGGAGGGCAGAGGACUAUAGACAUGCGCAACGCGUGGAAACAUACAUCAUAGGAUUGAUCCAACGGCGCUCAGUACCUCUCAGACCCAAUAAGCCGCGCACCAGUCUGGGACCCGAGAGCAGAGGUGUAGUCAGGCAGAGCAGUCUGUGUCGUAAAGACCCUCCUUACAGCCCAGAACGCCACAAGACCUCACCCAGUCCCGAGAGACACGUGUGGGCUUGCCACAGCCUGGACGAGGAGCCGCAUUCCAUGCAAUAUUCCAAGUCUGCGCUGGCCGGGAUUCUCUCCACCUCUCUGGAUUUUCCGUGUGGCACUCUGGAUCCCAGCAGCAGUGAAGCGGAAUUGACGCAACAUUUUCACGGCUACCAACACACCCACUCGCCAUCCUCUGACGAGCUAGUAAAUGCCCAGUAUAUCCCGCCGCAGCCCUGUUGUGCUCAAGCCAGAGCAAAAGCGCACCGGGCGCACGUCACCCUUAAAGCCCCCCACGGCGCGUACUCACCCGAGAGGGCCCUGACAAAGCAAAGAGCCGUGCCAAAGAAGUGCCACUUCACAGAGGAGAAGAUUGUGCAAAAGAAACCAGGCCGCAAAGCCUGCCGCGCCCAAUCAGAAAACAGCCUGCUGGGACAGCGAGGAGUCACAGAACGCAAAUAUAACACGGUCGAGCGGAACGUGGGACGAAACGCGCAGCCCAGAACACGCUGUGCGCAAGGCAGCUCGGGUAACCGGCGCUGGCGCUCCACAUUGGAGUUGAGUCAAGAUGAGGCGGAGCCACCGGCUGAACAACCAAUCAGACGGUCCCGUAAAUCUCGCCCUGCCCCACCUCCCUGCCUCUCAAAGCCUCAUGUCCAUGCCGAGUACCCGUUGCGUGCCCCGCUGUGUCUGCCGGAGGAGGGUUACACGCACCUGGUCCCCGGUGAAUCCGAGUCCAGUCUGAGCGAGAAAGUGUCGCCCGGUUCGAGCUCGCUUUCCAUUGACUCCGAUGAGAGCGGUGGGUUAGUGUGGCCACAGCGGCUCCCGCCACAGCUGGCACCGCCCUCUCCACCCAACCCGUCCGGAAGCACGCUGCAGCCCAAAGCCUUCAUCAAGAUCAAAGCCUCGCAUGCGCUCAAGAAGAAGAUUCUGAGAUUCCGAACGGGUUCACUCAAAGUCAUGACCACCGUGUGAGUGACGGGGUUUAAGGGGACACAUGAACACACACUUAAACAAUAAGGAUGGGUAAAAGUGAUCACGAAAACACAUUAAUUGACUUUCAGUCCAGGGCAAAGACAACAUGCGACACUGUGACCCCGUUUACACCUAGUAUGAAGAUGUGUUUCAGGUGAUCCAAUCACAAGUGGGCAGCACUGUAUACAAUGGCUUGAUACAGAUUUUUGAUUUGAUUCUGAUUAAUUUGGGUACACUUAAAAUCGAGAUUGAUUUUUUACUAAAAUAAACUUACAAAUCCUCAAGUAGUUUUUCCUGUAAUUCAGUAAAGGUAAUUUAGUUGCAUUUUUAAAAGAUUCUUUCAUCCUCUUUUCUUUAUUUUUAGGACCAUAUUUAAUGCAUUGUCUUAACUCGAGGCACAAGCUGAACUGUCAGUUGAGAGCUAAUCAUUAAUAGUUGCAAUAAUUGCCCAAAUAGUCGAUUAAUUCUUCUAAUAAUUGUUAGAUUAGUCAAUUAUCAAAAUAAUAGGGAACUCGCAAACUUAAAAUUAACAAAAGGCCCAAACUAUGUUGAUCAAUUCAACACGACCAAAACUGAAGUAAACUUAAAAGUACAAGAUCGAUCUUGGGAUUUUAAGAAUCAAUUUUGUCCACUUCAUUCAGGGGUCAGAAACGCCUGGUGUCCUGAUGUGUCCCGCACAAAAAUGUAGCACCGCCCACUCACCUGUCAAUCAAAUACUGCUCUAAAAUAAGACUUUUAAACUUUCCCGGUUACAUCCAGUUGAGCUCAACUACUCUGAUCACUAAACUCGUACUGAUACGACACACUGUUAAUGUUGUGUGUGUAUGAUGAUGUCACACCUGUAAAUGUCUGUAUUUAUGAAUGUAAACUGUAAAUAAAGACUUGGGACCAUGUCUG